GGCCAGGCUUCACUCGUCGGCUGCGCAGUCAGGUGUUUGUUGACAUGCAAAGAUACCGACUUAGUUCAGUUUGCUUUCGACUUCUUGUCGUGAGCGUUUCUGUGUAAUGGCACAACGACGCUGUUCCCUUCAAACUCCAAACUUUCUUUUGCAUGGAGCUUGACCUACAUCGCUUUUAUUCGUUUCCGUACACGAAGGAUGAAAUGAUGAUUAGUCCUUCAAUGCGCACUUUGUUAUUUAAGUUUUGUUGUUGCUGAGGCUUGCUGUUGAGCUCAGGCACUGAUCAUGGUUGGAGGGAGAGCGGCUGAUUUGGCGCCCACAACUGCUGUUAAAAUCUUCUCAGCUGGAACAGCAGGCUGCGUGGCGGACCUAGUCACCUUCCCACUGGACACCGCCAAAGUCCGGCUACAGGUGCAAGGUGAAUCCAAGCCCUUACUGAAAGGCCAGAGGGCGGAAUACCGAGGUGUUUUUGGCACCAUCUUCACCAUGGUGAAGACAGAGGGGCCGAGGAGUCUGUACAGCGGCCUGGUGGCAGGGCUGCACAGGCAGAUGAGCUUCGCCUCGAUCCGCAUCGGCAUGUAUGACACCAUGAAGCAGCUCUACACCCGAGGCUCAGAAAAUGCUGGACUCGGGACUCGACUGCUGGCAGGUUCCACCACAGGAGCGAUGGCCGUGGCUUUUGCUCAGCCCACUGACGUGGUGAAAGUCAGGUUCCAGGCUCAGGCCCUGCGCCCUGAGAGCGGCUCUGUCAAGAGAUACAGCAGCACGACUGAUGCCUACAGGACCAUUGCCAGGGACGAAGGUUUUAAAGGCCUCUGGAAAGGUUGUCUUCCAAAUAUAACUCGUAACGCCAUCGUAAACUGCUCUGAGCUUGUGACCUAUGACAUAAUGAAAGAGCUCAUCUUGAAGUAUAACCUGAUGACAGACAACAUGCCGUGCCACUUCACCGCAGCAUGUGCAGCCGGUUUCUGCACCACGAUUGUAGCAUCCCCUGUGGAUGUGAUAAAGACACGCUUCAUGAACUCAGUGCCUGGGCAGUACAGCGGUGCUGUUAACUGUGCUAUAACCACGCUGAUUAAAGAAGGACCAACAGCUUUCUACAAGGGCUUUGUGCCCUCAUUCCUUCGCCUGGGUUCCUGGAACAUUGUGAUGUUUGUGAGCUACGAGCAGAUAAAGAGAGCUGUGAUGAGGUUUCAGCAGUUCUGAAAAUCUUUGCUCGGACCUGUUUGCCUGUUGGUUUGAUACUGAAGCCAUUGUAGCACAGUUAUUGUUGUUGGUUUAGACCUUUUCACCCUCAGGAAUAAAAGUGCACAUCUAACAAGGAGAAACUGCAGUGAUGAUUGAUUU